CCCAACAAGAACGCUGCUCUUGUGCUGUUCUAUUACCAGGGGGAGUCAACAUGACAGAACCGAAGAGAUCCUAUGAACCAUACUACACCGACCAACCGCUGUUCACUGAUGACGUAGAAGAGAUUCAUGACUAUUUCGAAUGUCAUGAUGAAAGCAUGGUAACCAUAAAGACUAUAGAACAUGCCGACUGUCAAGCUUGGUUUGAUGCCGGUAGCACUACCAGUGGAGUUUACCCGAUCAGUAUACAGUCACAUACAGGCAUGAAAGAGAAGAAAGAUGUCUACUGUCAUAUGGAAGAUGACAAAGGCUGGUUGGUUUUCCAAAGGCGCCACGACGGGUCUGUGAACUUCACUCGGACUUGGCUCGAGUACAAAGAAGGAUUUGGUGAUGUCAGCAGUGUGUUCUGGCUUGGAAAUGAAGCACUCCGUCUGCUGACUAAGAAUGGAUCUAAUUGGACAAUCCGUGUGGACCUCACAGAUGAAGAGAGUCAGAAAAUGUCUCUAAUGACAUCACCCUUCAGCAUUACAGGAGACAAGUACGCCCUCAGUAUCGGAGUCUCUGGAAUUGAACCUACAGUCAAUGGAACUUGUCACCAACGUCUUGGGAUGGAAGACAACACCAUCCCUGACUCGAGCAUCACAGCAUCAAGUGUUUACAAAAAUGAGUUGGUUUAUUGUUCUGAGGGUAAUGGGCGGCUAAAUAGUGUGGAUGGCAACUGGUGCCCGGAAACAGAUAAAGCAGAAUGGUUUCAGGUGGAUCUAAAGACACAAACCCAGGUUGAAGGUGUUAUUAUGCAGGGAAGUUACGCUUCCGGCGAUGGGGAGUGGGUAAAGAAGUACACGGUGGAGUAUAGUUCUCACCAGAGCCAAUGGUACUACGUUGGUGGGACAUCGCAGGAUACAGCAAAGGUAUUCGAUGGCAAUACGGACCAUGAAACCCCCGUUACCAGCAUGUUCGACGAGCCUAUCCAAGCACGGUACAUUCGCAUUAGACCGACAACAUAUGAGAAAUGGCCAACAAUGCGGAUUGAGCUCAUUGGUUGCAAAGGUGGUGUUUUUGAGUCGUUGAAUGGCCGUACGUUCUCAAACUAUGACAACGACAAUGACAACAACGAUGUCCAAAACUGUGCAGGUCUCGUCAAGGCAGGUUGGUGGUUCGAUGACUGUGCAGUAGAAUCGAACCUGAACGGCGAAUAUUCGCAUCGAGUGAACGCUUCGGGUAUCGAGUAUCGCGGUAUUCGUUGGUUUACUUGGCCGGGAAGACAAAUUGUAAAGACCGAAAUGAAAAUGCGUCGCAAUAAAUAAAGUACGUUGCAUUUCUCUUGUAUGAGGCAACCAAUUCUCCCAUUAUAUUCUCUACUUUAUUAAAGAGGGGCUCUUACGCAAUUUUAAGUAUCGACUUCUGUCAUUUAUGUAAGUGGGGAAAGUCCUCAGGAAUUCAAACACAUAUAGUACGAGUACCAAUCCUAACAUCUAUAAACGAACACAGUUUUUCUGUCGAUCACUAUGAGCGAAAUCAGAAAAACGCGAGGUUAAGCAAAACCACGUGACAAACGACUCGUGACGUCACUGUCUGUACUUGAUUUUGGUUUGCGCUUGUCUUUUUAGGUUACCCCAUAAUCAUUCAUAAUCAUUACCCCGUAAUCAAACAUGGAUGAUGGUGUGACUCAUGAACUGACAAUUGGAAACGUACAUUAUCAUAGCAUAUGUUAUUUUAAAUUGUGGUGUAAGGUAAACGUGUUUACUAGUAAAACAGAAGAUUGUUUAAAGUGAUUGACUAAUGAGAUUUCGCUUUCAGUCUUACUCAAAUGAGUUUCUUAUAGCUUUGGCGUAACGUUAAUGAGUCAUUGUCAAUCUAGAGAAGAUUAUCGACAUCUGCUUCGGACUGGCAAAGGUCGUGGGUUGAACCCCACCCUAGUAAAAUGCCUGAAAUUUUGUUCAACACAUUUUGGCAAAGUACUGAAAAGAGACACACACUAGGUCUGUGCGUUUUUACAAUGUUCACUACCUUUAAAUAUUAUACGAAAAUGUUACUAUCCAAUCACAAUGAGCGAAACACAUGUUAACGUGAUUGACAUUUAAAAUUAUGUAUCGUAUAUGUAUUGAUAAUAUAAUUUGUAUUUGUUCGUAGUUAUUUAUCGAAAAGAAAAUACUCUACCGAUCUGGUUUUGAAGAACUAGCUGCGAUUUUGCCGUUGAUGGCGUGAGUCAAAAUACUACACUUUGACGUCAUCAAAUUAGUUUUAAUAAACAAUCUUUGGCAAGAUGAAUUUGUCUUAGAAAAUGAGCUUAUAAAUGUGACUAAGAGCAAACGUCUGAACGUCAGAAUAAAUUUAUCAUGGUUAAAAACUACCAACAAAAUACAAACAACAUCAUUUUGUCUGUUCAAACUGUAAGCGAGAACCAUCAACUCGGUUUUUAACCAUUAUUGUCUGGUAUUUAUUAAAGUAAUGGGCGAUAUAUAAUGGUUUAAUGUAGUAUGCUGUGCUGUAGAAUGUAGCGAUACAGGUAGCACUGUAAUUUUCUUUAAUAUCUUGAACGGAGGUAGUCCAAUAUAUUGCUUACAAUCUGACUGCAAUCAUGUACAAAAAAUAUAAUGAUCCAUUUCAGAAAAUGUUGAUGAAUAAAAUGUCCAAAACGCAAACGCAGAAAAUUAUGAAAAAUUAUUUGAUGAAGAAAAGAAAAAAAUCAGUUGUAGCCAAUUGGAGUCUUUUAAUAGAGUUGUUGACAGCAAAAACAAAUCGUCUAAAACGUUUAUAUGUCAAGGUCAUUUUGUCAUUCAUACACGAUUUGGUA